GCAUAUUUAGAACACGGCGCCGAAUCGUUCCUGCGGCCCAAUCGAGGGAAACAAAAGAAGAACUCGGCGCUCGCCGCUCUAUGCAGCGCGCGCAUUGCCGAUAUUGAGAGGGUUUCCUUUUGCUCUCCUCGAGCAUCGUACCGCUCCUCAGAUUCCACUUCAAAACCCCCUCACCCCUUUCUUAUCACCAUCUCCCUCGAUCGUUAGGGUUUUUCGGAAAGUUUCCCCCCUUUUCCUCAUGUCCGCUUCUCGGGUAAAGCUUGGUGCUCUAGUUCCUCUACAAAGCAACCUGGUGGGGAAUGAUUCGCUUUCUAGAAUUCCGAUUUUUGAAGGAGCUAAUACUGUCGGCCGCUGCAAUCUCUCUGUUACUGAUAAGAGAGUUAGCCGCAAGCAUAUAAGUUUGCACGCAUCAACUGAUGGUUCAAUUGAAGUUCUUGUGGAAGGGCCAAAUCCUAUUAUUGUUAGAUCUGGAGGAGAGAGAAAGAAGAUCUGUUCUCAGGAGAAAGUCACAAUAGCUAAUGGUGAUAUCAUGGAGUUGAUCCCUGGUAAUUAUUCAUUUAAGUAUGCGACUUUUGGCAAUGAGAACACCACUUCAUCACCAACAGAUUCAAGCUCAAAGAAAGGGAAAAGGCAUAGCGAAGAGGAUAGUCUGGCAGUCAAAAGGAAUCGUCAAAUUCUUGAAGAUGAAGCUCUUGCGAGAACUUUGCAGAGCAACUUUGCACAAGAUAAUGCCACAGUUUCAGAUAUUUCUGGUAGUUCCCAGUCAAAGCCUGCCAAUACUAUUGAUUCGAAAAUGGACAAGGUUCAUCCAUUAAGUAUUCCUAAAGAAUGGCUUCCGCUGAUCUUUCGACUUAUGAGGGUUCAAGGUCUUCCAGCAUGGGCUAAUUCUUCAUCAGUGACUAUUCAGGAUGUUAUACAGGGGAAUGUGCUUGUUGCAGUUCUUUCGAAUUAUAUGGUGGACAUUGAUUGGUUGCUGUCUGCAUGCCCAGAUCUGAAAAAAAUUCCUCAUGUCCUGGUUGUGCACGGAGAAGGUGGUGCUUCACUUGAGCGUUUGCAGAAGACCAAACCACCAAACUGGAUCCUGCAUAAGCCGCCACUUCCUAUAUCUUAUGGAACACACCAUUCAAAAGCCAUGCUUCUUGUGUACCCUCAAGGAAUCCGUGUUGUCGUGCACACUGCAAACCUAAUCUAUGUUGACUGGAACAACAAAACCCAGGGCUUAUGGAUGCAAGAUUUUCCCUGGAAGGAUGUAAAGGUUAAUAACAGAGAAUGCUCUUUUGAGAAUGACCUGGUUGAUUAUCUGAGAACGCUGAAGUGGCCUGAGUUCAGUGUGAAGCUUCCCGCUGUUGGCAAUGUCGCUAUCAAUGCUGCUUUCUUUAAGAAAUUUGAUUAUAGCAGCGCUACGGUUAGGUUAAUUGCAUCCGUUCCAGGAUAUCAUAUGGGUCCCAAUCUAAAAAAAUGGGGUCAUAUGAAAAUGAGAACUGUUCUCAAUGAGCAUAUAUUUGAUAAAGAAUUUCAUAAAUCCCCCCUAGUUUACCAGUUUUCCUCGCUCGGCUCACUGGACGAGAGGUGGUUGAACGAAUUUGCAUCGUCAAUGUCCUCAGGCACCUCAGACGAUGGAUCACCUCUCGGCAUAGGAAAGCCCCUCAUUAUCUGGCCUACUGUGGAGGAUGUCAGGUGCUCUCUAGAGGGCUAUGCAGCUGGUAAUGCUAUUCCGAGCCCUCAAAAGAAUGUAGAGAAGGAUUUCCUAAAGAAGUAUUGGGCUAGAUGGAAAGCUGAUCAUGUUGGCCGCUGUCGUGCAAUGCCGCAUAUAAAAACGUACACCCGCUAUAAUGGUCAGAAUAUUGCAUGGUUUCUGCUGACUUCAUCAAAUUUAAGCAAGGCAGCUUGGGGUGCAUUACAGAAGAACAAUACGCAACUUAUGAUACGUUCAUAUGAGUUGGGUAUACUAUUUUUGCCGUCCGUGGUUCAUCCUCAAUCACAUUUCUCGUGCACAGGAGAUAGUAGUGUGAAACAGCAGCCAUCAACUCCCUUGAACGAAUUCAAGACGAAGUUGGCCACUCUUUGCCUGAACAGAAGUUCGGGAACUGAUUCUUCUUCUCAAGUGAUACGAUUACCUGUGCCAUUUCGGCUCCCUCCACAACCAUACACCUCCGAAGAUGUCCCGUGGUCGUGGGAUCGAAGAUAUACGAAGAAGGAUGUCCACGGUCAAGUCUGGCCGAGACAUGUUCAGCUAUACACGAGCGAUGAUUCUUAACCAUGUGGUUUGUGAAUCAUUGGUGGCAUGACACUCUUAAACAUUUGUAUGAUGAAAGAUGAGAGAAAUGCAUGGCAUGCAAAAUAUCAACACUCUCUCACAUAGAAUGUCACAAAGUCCUCAAAGUAAGUGAACCAACUAGGGUAGUGACUGCUACCAAGUGAUGUGAAGAAGAGGUAGAUGAUGGACCCCUCCGUCACGCCGUACAUCGCGAGGGUACGCCGAUCAUCCCUCAUCAGACGGCCAUUACUCAGCAUCAGGAUCAACCUGUUCUCAUGCAGUGUCUCCUCCUUGCUUGCAAUCUCCUUCUUAAGCACUUCUACAGUGGCUUCUUCUUCCACUUCUACAUUGAAGAAUCUCC